AUGAUGGAUCAGUCAAUGCCAAGGUUGCUGAAGGCAGAUGUCGACGCAGCGGUUAGAGCAGCUAAAGAUGCAUUCCAUCGUAACUCUGAGUGGCGUCUUAUGGAUGCAUCGGAAAGGGCGAGGCUUUUGAACAAAUGGGCUGAUCUCGUGAAUCGGGAUCUAGAUUACCUCAUAGAAUUGGAAACAUUAGAUAACGGUAUCGUGGUACAGACUAAUCGAAGAUUUAUGUCCGGGGCCGUUAAUGCUAUACGUUACAACGCGAGUUGGGCUGAUAAGAUUCAAGGAAGUACGAUACCCGUGGAUGGUGAAGCGUUUUCCUACACACUGAAGCAACCAGUUGGUGUAUCUGCUAUAAUCAUACCAUGGAAUGCGCCGGUCUUGUUUUUCACCAGUAAAGUAUCGGCGGCUUUAGCUGCAGGCUGUACUGUAGUAGUGAAACCGGCCGAACAAACUCCUUUAACAGCGCUGGCGCUGGCUUCUCUAGUCGCGGAGGCUGGGAUUCCACCGGGAGUUGUGAACGUAGUGCCUGGCUUUGGAGAAACGGCGGGAGCGGCUCUAACACAUCACCCUGACGUCGCACAUAUAUCGUUCACGGGAUCUUUACAGGUGGGUAAGAUGAUCCAACAGGCAGCAGGCGUCAACAAUCUCAAGCGUGUCCAACUUGAGCUUGGCGGGAAAAGUCCUCUCGUUGUUAUGAACGAUGCAGACUUGGAUGCUGCGGUACAAUUUGCUGCUCUCGGGGUUUUUACAAAUCAAGGACAAAUGUGUAUAGCUGCUUCCCGUCUUUUUGUGCAAUCAGGAAUUUACGACGAAUUCGUUAAAAGAGCAUCCGAAUUCGCAAAGACCCUUGUUGUUGGUAAACCAACAGACCUUAAGACACAGCAUGGUCCUCAGAUUGACGAAAACUUGAUGAAUAGAGUGUUAGGUUACAUCGAAAAAGGAGUGUCUGAAGGCGCAAAGCUUUUGGCUGGCGGGAAAAGAAUUGGAAAAACUGGUUAUUAUGUAGAACCUACAGUUUUCUCUGAUGUCACAGAUGAUAUGACCAUCGCUGUAGAAGAGAUUUUCGGUCCGGUACAAAACAUCUUAAAGUUCGAAACUUUCGAAGAAGUUAUUGAACGUGCUAACGCUACCAACUAUGGUUUGGCGGCCGGAAUAUUUACAAGCUCUAUCGAAACUGCUUUACAAUUUAGCAAACAUAUUGAAGCAGGAAUGGUUUGGGUGAACACUUAUUUACAUUUUGGAAAUCAGCUACCAUUCGGUGGUUUCAAAGAUUCCGGAAUUGGCAGAGAAAAGUAA